AUGCCGGCCUACAACUCCGUCUUCAACACCGCCGAACCGGCCCCACGGCUGGUCGGCAACUUCCCGCUCUUCCCGCUGCGCACCAAGAUCCGGGGUCCCGUGUACCCGCUGCCCUUCCCGGACCCGCCGCUGCCCGCGAAUGAGUCGCCCGACCCGAACUCGGAGAGCUACGACAUCCUGGACGAGGUCCUCGCGCUGUUCCGGGCCAACACCUUCUUCCGCAACUUCGAGAUCCAGGGCCCCGCCGACCGCCUGCUCGUAUACGGCAUCUGGUUCGUCUCUGACUGCCUGACCAAGAUCAAACCGACCGCCAACCUGCGCGAUGCGACCAAGGAUGUGACGAACCUGGCGCUGGACUUGAACUUUGCGAUCCCCGGGGACCCGGCGUGGCCUUUGAAUCAGAUGUACGAGGCGCCCCGCGACAGGCAAGACGCAGAGGUCCUCCGGCAGUACAUGUCACAGGUCAGGCAGGAGCUGGCGACGAGGUUAUUGGCGAGGGUAUACGAUGAGGGCGACGCCAAGCCGAGCAAGUGGUGGCUGAGCUUCACAAAGCGGAAGUUUAUGGGCAAGGGACUUUGA